AGAACAGAAUGACAUGUGUAACAGUGAAAUAAUGCAGAGCAAGGAAUUAAUAAAUUCCAAGUCUAAUGAAGUUAAUGACUGGAAACAAAAACUUCAGAACCAGGCAGAGACAUUUAAACUUGAAACCACGAAAAAAGAGGAGGAUAUUCUUUCAAAAGAACAACGCAUUCAACAACUCUUGGAAAACUGCAAGAACCUUGAGAAGCGUGUUGUUGAAUAUUCGCAGGCAAGAAGCGAAGUGGAAGAGAAGAGUGCAAGCUCUUUGGAGGAAAUAAAAGCUUUGAAAGAGUCUUCCAUAAAAGCAAGAGAUGAAGUGGCAGCCCUAAAAGAGGAAAGAGAGAUGAUGAUUUCUGCUCACCACAAUCGCAUAGAACAAUUGAGAGAAAGCUUUAAGAAGAAAAUGGAAGAAGCAGAUGCUUGGCCAGGAAAACUUGACAAGAUUGUGCAGGAAAAGGAAGCACAGUUUAACGAAGAGAAAAACAACAUGUGGAAAGAGUUAACCGAAGCAUUUCAAAAGGAAAUAGAUGAAGAACAACAGAAGCAUCAUGAAGAGCUCGUUUCGUGGAAGACGGAAGCGAAGGCUGCUCAAGAUAAAUUUAGAGAAGACAUCUCCACAUUGAGUCGCAAACACCGUGAAGAAGUCAAGCGACUGGAGCGGACAUUGAACGAAGCCAAAGAGAAAAGCGAACAGACCAAAAAUGCUAACAACUCAAUCAUACAAAAUCUAGAGGGAAAAAUCGUGGAUUUGGAAAACCGUCUGCGUCAACCGUCAGCGGAGUCAGCGGAAGAAGUUCGCAAAUUAAGGACCAGGCUCCAGGAGUCGGAAAGAAGGCUGCAAGAGGCCGAGCAGCAAAUUGAUGAAUUGGAGACUAAAAACGAAUCGUGGAGGCAAGAGGUCUCUUUUUUACAAGAAACUGUUCGACGCGAGUGCGAGGAACGUUUGGAAUUGACGGAUGCUCUGGGUGAAGCGCGGGCUCAACUUCUAGCCCUUAAACGCACUUCCGGUGACUCGAUUUCGCGAAGCAGCCUCAAUUCCUCUAGUUCAAUAUCGUCUGGCAGCCUCACCCGGGGUAGUGCUAAGCCGGGAUAUGACGUCAAUGGACUUAACGACAGUGCCCAGGCCACUUCAUGCGCCGUCGGUUUCGACGGAGGCGUGGGUUAUAGGCCUGGAACUGGCGCACGUGAAACGGGGCGAUCGUCACGUGCAGGGAGCGUGGAUGAUAGCCGACAACGAAUCGCGGCGGCCGUAAGAAGAUCGGGAACGAAGAGUCGUUUGGGUGGAAACUUUAGUAGCUGACAAACCUUUAAGUCCUUGCAGUUAGUCUUAAUUGAGCAGAUAAAAUGUGCUAGCGGAGAAGUCACCAGAGCGACAGAUAGUCAAGAGAGAUCUGAGUGCUGUGAGCUCGCCCUCCCUCCAAGCAUUUUAUUUAAUUCUUUCCCGCUUGCAAUUGAGAGCUGGGGAUAUAUAGCUUUCCCCGAAGAGGAAAGGAUGAAAACAAAACGAACAUUAAUAUAAUGAAAUACAAAACAUAACUUUACGUUUUAGUACUGAGUUUCAAAAAUAUCGUGUUGUUGGUGUAAAUAUUGUACAUAUAGCAGUGUUUUACAUUCUUUGAAACUAAUUUCUGAUAAAUACCGCGUUUCGCUGCGCGGGGAUCGCUUCUGAAUCAAUCUUAGCUGACUGAAUGAAAUAACAAAAGUAAGAACAGCAUGCCUGUUUACAAAACCUGGGGGACAUAUAGUUGAACCAGAAAUGCCAGCGCUUUCGAAGCGGGAGCAACUGGUAGAAAAAUUUCCUUGGAAAGUUUCCCGAACGUCCCAAAACUGUUACAUUUCCAAAAAGCGAACUAUUCAACCGAAAACUCCGGAAAGCCGGGAUGAGAAUCAAAUGGGACAGAAAUUCCCGAUGAGACAUUUUCGGAAAUUUGGCCGGGUAUGCAGCGCAAGGUUGUCCUUUUUUCCGUAAAUUGUGGGAAAUGCUCUUCCAUUCGCCACUGGAAAUUUCCGGAUAUGCAAACGGGAAGUUUUGGUCGAAUGGAAAGCGCCCCUGAUGUUCACAGUAGAGAGAGUUUGGGGGAAUCCGAAAGUUCAUGCAACAGGAAGUCCUAGGUGAAGGCUUACCAAUUAAAAGUACUUUUAAAUGCAGAUAACAUUGUAUUUCUACUCCAGUAUUUUCCGUUUUAAGUCUCGGACCGAGCCAAUAUAUUCUACUCCUCUUCUUCGAUCAAUGUGUUGUGUUUCGACAGAAGCACAAAAAUUGCUUGUAUUUUUUAAGCGUUAUAGGCCCAGGAGUGCAUCAAUACCGUCAUCAUCUUGAUUAGGUCUGAGUUAUAAUUCCCAAAACAUCUAAUCUCCCCCCCUUUUUUCUUGUCCCCUUCCUAUUUUCCAAGAUCGUGCACACCUCGGUUACAAAGAUUUUUGUUUUGGUUUUGUUUUUGCAUUGCUUUGUUUUGUUUUUGUUUUUGUUUUUGGUUUGGUUU